AUGGAAAUCCCAGAAGACUUGGAACUCUUUUUUGAGACUCUAAACCUUACCUCUUCUACAAUGGAUCUUGGUGAUGGUGAUGAUAAAACAGAAUUUGGAUCAAAAUCUAGUGACGAAGGUAAAGAUACUACAGAUGAAGAAUCUGAAAGGCAUCAAAUUGCCAUCAAUAAAUUAAUCAACAAACUAAAAUUAUGCUAUUUGUAUGCAUUUUAUCGUCUUCGUAGAUGGGUUCAAGAAAAGCAAUCAAUGCUUCCCCGACCUCAUAAAAAUAUUGGCCAUUCACCUGUUAACAAGUUACCUGUUAAGACAGUUGGUGAAGUAAAAUCUUUCAUUAAAUCAGUCAGAGAACAACAUG